UCUGUCUCUGUAUCUGUCACUGCAGGACACACAAGUUCUCCGGACUCUGUCCUCCUCCUCCUCCUCCUCGUCCUCCUCACCCUUUCUUCAUUCAUGCAUUCACCAUGAAUCCAGCAGGACAACAGUGACACGCGUCUCCACAGCUGGUGAGCGUUUCACCGGUGCAGCCGCGGUAACAGUUUGUUUUUACUGCGCUGUUUAAAACAAAACAGAAAAAACCUGGAAGACAAGAAAACAGGCGGAGCUAAAGGUUUCUGAAGGAUUUCACUUUUUAAAUACAUACAUAUAUAUAUAUAUAUAUAAAGUAUUAUUUAAAGAGGAAUAUUUUUGGUGCGAGUCUUUUGCCGCGGACAUGGAGUACACGUCAUCCCCGAAACCGCAGCUGUCAUCCCGGGCAAACGCUUUCUCCAUAGCGGCCCUGAUGUCCAGUGGGAAGCCGAGUAAAGACAAAGAGACGGAGGAGAGCACCAUCAAGCCUCUCGAGCAGUUCGUGGAGAAGUCCUCGUGCAGCCAACAGUCUCUGGCUGAGCUGUCUUCGCUGGACGGACACGCGGACUUCAGUGGGAGCGCGCCCGCCGUGUGCACGGAGCCGCUCAUCCCCACCACUCCCGGCAUCCCCAGCGAGGAGAUGGCGAAGAUCGCGUGCAGCCUCGAGACCAAAGAGCUGUGGGACAAAUUCCACGAGCUCGGCACCGAGAUGAUCAUCACCAAGUCUGGAAGGAGAAUGUUCCCCACCAUCCGUGUCUCUUUCUCUGGCGUGGACCAGGACUCAAAGUACAUCGUGUUGAUGGACAUCGUCCCCGUGGACAAUAAGCGGUACCGGUACGCGUAUCACCGCUCCUCGUGGCUUGUGGCCGGCAAGGCUGACCCUCCUCUUCCGGCCAGGUUGUACGUUCACCCGGACUCGCCGUUCACGGGAGAGCAGCUGAUGAAGCAGAUGGUUUCCUUCGAGAAAGUCAAACUGACCAACAACGAACUGGACCAACAUGGACACAUCAUCCUCAACUCCAUGCACAAGUACCAGCCGCGGGUCCACAUCAUCAAGAAGAAAGACCACACGGCCUCGCUGCUCAACCUCAAGUCUGAGGAGUUUCGCACCUUCGUCUUCGUCGAGACCGUCUUCACCGCCGUCACGGCCUAUCAGAACCAGCUGAUAACUAAACUGAAGAUCGACAGUAACCCGUUUGCCAAAGGUUUCCGGGACUCGUCGCGACUCACAGACAUGGAGAGCAGGGAAAGUGUUGAGAAUCUGAUCCACAAGCACUCGUACGCCCGCUCGCCGAUCCGAACCUACACCGGCGACGAGGACAACCUGGGCGAGGACGGACACUCCGCGCACGCCAGAGGCUCAGCGUUCAGCGCCUCAGAAAACCUCUCUCUGAGCUCCUGGGUCACCACCACGUCGGGCUUCUCGGGCUUCCAGCACCCGCAGUCCCUGUCAGCAAUGGGCACCAGUGCCGCCUCCCUGCCGCACCCCAUCCAGGGCUCCCUGCCCCCCUACAGCCGGCUGGGCAUGCCGCUCACACCCACAGCUCUGGCGGGAACCAUGCAAGCCAGCGGGCCGUCGUUCCCCUCCUUCCACAUGCCCCGCUACCACCACUACUUCCAGCAGGGGCCCUACGCCGCCAUCCAGGGACUGCGCCACUCCUCCACGGUCAUGACGCCCUUCGUAUGACUCCACACUUAAACCUUCCUCCCGAGUUACAAGUCACUUUUCCACAGCGGCUCCUCACUCCUCAUCCAGUUUGCGCGUUGCCUCUGGUCUUUGUAAAUAGUUCACCUCAGUGGGUGAGGUAACGGACACUAUGAAGAGGAAACUGCUUCCUUUUGAGCAAAUCCAGGAAAAGGACUGAAAGACCCCAGGACCUGGUCCAGGUUUUGUACAGACUCUUUGGUGACGUUGAACAAACUCUAAACCCUAAUGCGAGACGACAAAGGGAACAUGCUUGAGCUUGACCCUUGAGGAAGUGGAUCCUCCAUUAACACUCACUUUACCAAUAUUUAAAACGACCACACACCCUUUCUUCCUCUUUAGACUGGCUACAGGGUCUCAAGUGAAGCUUUAAAGAUCACUCAACCUGUGUAAGUGAUCAUUACUGGAGCUUCAUGCGACCCAACACUUCAGCAUAUCAUAGAGGCAAAGCUGCCAUCUCAGCUUUUCUAGAAAAACCAGCCACGUGUACAAUAUGACGUUACAACUCCACGCUCUGAUGGAAACAUGUUAAAAAAUGUGUUGUACAAAGAUGAAAAAAGCUGCAUUUACUCAUAGGAAAAUUCUCACUGUAUAGAGUGUAAAAGAAAAAAGUUUAAAAAAAAAUCAUAGGACGCAUGCAGACCGCAGUAGACAGACACACAGCGUGAACUUCAUACGCUCAAAUAAGGGACAAAAAUGAUCAACUUUGACCGGGGUGAGAGAUUUCUGCUUAUACUUUAAAGGUCCAGUCAAACAAGCAUUUUCAAUUACAUUAGAAAAGACGUAUAGCCUUUUUUUAACGUGGGAUUAAACCUCAGUGGCCGACAUUAAAUAUUAUUAACCAACAGCAAACACCAAAGAGCAUUAACUGAGCAUCCAACGCGGAAGAAACUACAGCGCUUAAGCUGUAGCUAAUUCACUGUGUUGGACCAUGAACAUUUCAUUUACAAGUGUCGCGUUAGCAAGUCUUCCCUUCCUUUUGUUAGCAAAACUAGCUAAUAUUGCUAGCGGUGAGUUUGCUUGUUUUUGCCUGGAUUAAGAUUAAACCUUGUUCACAAAAUGACAGCAGGAAGGGGGUGGGGGGGUGGG